CACAACAAUUAAUAGCGGAUGUUGUGAUGCCAGGGGGUAAGUUGACACGUCUUCAAAGUUCAAGCGCCAGUUUUGUCAAAAAAUCUACAAUGGCAGCCCACACAAAGAGUAUAAUCGUUCUACUGGUCAUCGUCACAACAUCUUAUCAGAGUCACUUCACUCAAGCAGCAGACCCUGCUGCCGACAUCGUCCCCAAGGUCCCAACAGAAAGCUGGACAGAUUUCUGGAUUGUUCGUCUGGGUCUGAACAUCCUAGGGUAUGGGUCGGUAUGCCUCCCUGCCUGGCUGCUCAUUAGGUACAUCAAACGCUCUGGCUACCUGGAAAGGGGAGGUGAGAAUGGUCAUGGGUGCAUGUUUAAAUCAAUCCGAAUGUGUGUUGCUGGCGAUGAGGAGAAAUCAAGCGUAGAGGAUGGAGGGAUAAAAACAACAUCACCAGAGGCACCAAAGGGCAACAAAGCCAUGAUGCUUAUUUUCUGCGUAAUCGGCCUCCAGGGUUCAUAUCUCACAUGGGGUGUCCUCCAAGAGCGCAUCAUGAAGCACGAAUAUGGCAAGGAUGAAACUAAUCCAGGGGAGAAAUUCAACAACUCCCAGUUCCUGGUCUUCAUGAAUCGAAUUCUGGCCUUCACGGCAGCUGGUGUUGUUGUACUACUCACCAACCAACCCAGACACUCAGCACCCAUGUACAAAUACUCCUACUCAUCCCUUUCCAAUAUCAUGAGUAGUUGGUGUCAGUACGAAGCUCUCAAGUUUGUGAGUUUCCCAACGCAAGUACUCGCCAAAGCAUCCAAGAUCAUCCCCGUCAUGCUGAUGGGGAAAGUCGUAUCGGGGAAAACCUAUGAAUACUACGAGUAUGUAACGGCUGGUAUGAUUUCAAUUGGCGUAGCCAUGUUUUUAUUGUCCCAGAAAGAGGGCUCGGGCUCCACAACAGUGACUACCUUCUCUGGGGUCAUAAUUCUGAUCGGAUAUAUGGUGUUUGAUAGCUUCACCUCUAACUGGCAGGCGGAACUGUACAAGCAGUACAGUGUAUCUAGUAUGCAGAUGAUGUUUGGUGUGAAUCUAUUCAGCUGUAUAUUGACCAGUUGGUCUCUUAUCGGGCAAGGCGGCUUUGCCAUCGGCCUGGACUUCAUGUUCAAGUAUUCAACGUUUAUGUAUCACGUCCUGCUGCUGUCGGUGUGCUCAGCUACUGGUCAGCUCUUUAUCUUCUACACCAUCUCACAGUUUGGUGCCGUGGUCUUUGUCAUCAUCAUGACUACCCGUAGUGGUCUAGCAAUCUUCCUCUCUUGUCUCGUCUAUGGACACCCUAUUAGCAUCGCUGGGGUCUUUGGUGUGCUGGUGGUGUUUUCCGCGCUAUUUCUUAGAGUUUAUGCCCAGCAGCGUAAGAAAGCACAGAAGGCAAGAGAGGCUAGACUGGCUUCAGAGCUAAGCAGUGGUAAUAAGGUCUGAUCAAAAAACAUAUUAGACCUUAUGAAUUGACGUCAUCCAGUCGCCCUCUAGAGGAAAAACAGUGACGAAACAAUCGCAACGCACAGAUUUGUUUACGCGGCGCACAGGAUUGGCCAAUGAACAACCUUUUUUUUUACCUCUAGGUGGGGGCGCCUUACGUCGUGUGCAUAUGGUCUAUUCCGAUCAUAACCUUCAGUUCUGUAUAAAUUGUAAUGUUCAAAGGAUGAUUAUACCGUGAGAUGCUAUUGUUGGGUGUAUUUCUUCAUCAAAUGUCUUAGUAACUACAUUAUGAAAUGUAAAGCAGCUGAGUUUUGUUUUCAGCUCGUAAAACCUGCCUACUCUUGGUGCAUUUUCCCUUCAAAGCAAGUUCAAGUGAUCGACUAGACCUGACCAGAUCUGUGACAUACAUUUAGCUCUCGAACUGAGCAAUGUAUACCAUGCUCCAGUGCUUGGUUCGAUAAAGUCAAUCUCCCUGAUGUGCUCUAUGGGUAUAGUCAAGUCUAGUCGCCACCCAAACUUGCUCUUUGAAGUUGACCAUUAAUUUGAAACCUUUCAACUGCAAGAGUUGUUGUGUGGUAGCAAAAUUGUGCACAGAUCUAUCUUGUUCUGUGUACUUAAUCAUUACAUUAUAGCAUGAUGACAUUAGGGAGUCAGUGGGCCAAAUACUGUUUCUGUGACAACACACUUCUCAGCAUUGUUCUUUAGCACAGACAUUUGGGCCUGACUAAGUGAAAUGGGCAACCAUGAAACACUGCCUUUUUAAAGCACAAAUUUAUAUUGUACAGAAAUUUCUUUCUUUUCUUUUAUUGCAGAAGUAUAUUUAGAGUCAUUGUGGUGUAAAUGUUUGGUUACAGUUGUUUUGCCCCCCCCC